ACGGGGAAGCGACUUGAGAGGAUUGACUUCAGGAAGGGCAAUGAUCCCGGGAUGCUUCAUCGACUUGGCGUUGGUGCCCAUGCCGGACUUGGCGGUGCUGUACGCGAUGCCCAAGGCGCUGAACGUGAUCGCGGCCACGACACCCAUGAUGCCGAAGAAGGUCGCGUUCGGCGGGCGCGUUCGGCAGCGCCAUGUUCUCCAUGUCCAGACCGGCGCUGGCUCUCCCCGCUGCUGCUGCUCGUCUCGCAUCAAGGGCUCCCAGCCCAUAGCGCGCAGUUAUACCACCUCGAGGAUUGCCGAGCGGCCCACAGCGAGGAGUACGUCGGCACGGGAGGCGUUGCGCCAAGGUCUGUCGAACCGGCAUUUGAAUUUUGGUUCCAUGGCGGCGCCUUUGACUUUGAAGAGGAUACAGACGGCUGAGGCGCAUGUGGCGCUGUUUGUCGAGAGGCCACGUACCAGGCAGAGCUGAGCAACGGCGUCAAAGACCUGUCAGGGUCGAACUUUGGAGACCCCGACUACAGGACGCAGAGGGCGUGGCCUCUCGUGUUUUCGAACACAUUUCGUGAUUUUUUACUCGCAUCU